AUGGACGGCCUGGUCGAUGCCUGCAAGGUGCCCUGCGUCUACAAGAGUUUCGGCUGCGAGAGGUACAUCGACCAGCACUCGCUGGCGGAGCAUAGUUCCAGAUGGCUUGCCGGCGAGCCUCGUGCAUUAUCUCAUGGCAUCAUCCGUCAAUCACUACUGGCCUACGGCGUGAACAUCAAGUACGAGACGUGCUACACGUCCGCCGUGCUGGAGUCGCUGGAGGAUCACCGCCGCGUGCUAGUUGUGGAGGAGGACGACAACGUCUUCCUCUUGGCCGUGGGCACUGGCAAGGCCCGCGCAGGCCACCGACCCGUCUCUGUAGUGUGCGUCAGGGGCAACGCCGCUGACGCUGACACGAGGCCGGUGUACGGGUGCAUGCUCACUGUUACUGCCUCUCCAAAGUAUGAGGGCACCCACGCCGCCUCCAUCACGCUGACUGGGACUGUGCCGGGCUGCUCCGUUCCCGGCAAUGUGGACAUGGAAGACGCUUGGUAUGAUUUUCACCCCAAGAUGAUGCACGGGGACUCCAAGGAGGUUCACCUGGUCAUAUGCAUUACCAAGUCAACUAUUCAUCAUUAG